AUGACAAGCACAAAGACAAAAGUCCAGAAGCCGGGCAAGCCUCCAAGCCAAGGCCUCGCUAGCACAUGGACGCAGGCGUUUCCUCCCAAACCCAGCUUCACAGAGGCUUCCUUGCCAGACCUCACCUCUCAGGUCUACAUCGUAACAGGCUCCAACGUCGGCGUAGGCUACGAGGUAGCCCGCAUCCUGUACUCCAAGAACGCAAAGGUGUACAUGGCGGCGCGGUCCAAGCCCAAGGCCGAGCGGGCCAUCAAGACCAUCCAGGAGGCGCACCCAUCCUCGGAGGGCGAGCUGGUGUUCCUACACCUCGACCUCUCGGACCUGCGCAUCGUCCGCCAGGCCGCGCAGACCUUCCUGGAGAAGGAGACGAAGCUGCACGUGCUGUUCAACAACGCAGGCCUGCAGGCCAUCACAGACGACAAGGGCGAGCAGCGCACCGCGCAGGGGUUCGAGGUGCACCUGGGCGUCAACGUGCUGGGGCCAUUCCUGUUCACGCAGCUGCUCACGCCGGUGCUCGUCGCGACCGCCAGCGCAGAGAAGAGGCCCAACACGGUGCGCGUCGUGUGGGUCAGCUCGUCCGGCACCGAGAUCGGCGGCGAGCCGUCCAAGGGGAUGAGCCCCGAGUAUGUCGACUACUGGCCCCAGCUGUCGCCCCUGGAUCGGUACGGGGUGAGCAAGGCGGGCAACUGGCUGCACGGGGUCGAGCUGGCCAAGAGGCUGAAGAGCCAGGGCGUCAUCAGCAUCCCGCUGAACCCCGGCAACCUCAGCUCGGACCUGUAUCGCGACUGGGGCUGCCUGCUCAAGACGGUCCUGAGCACGCUGAUGCUUCAUCCGGUUGUGUACGGCGCGUACACGGAGCUCUGGGCCGGGCUGAGCGAGGAGGUUACUAUUGAGAGGAGUGGCGAAUGGGGUAAGACUUUGAAUUUAAAAAAAAAAGAAAUCCAUCCUGGGCUUUUGAAACGAAAGAACAUAUGA